CAGUGGUAUGAUAUUGUCCACUUUGAGCAUAAGCUUUCAUGACUUUGCUUUGGACUUCCCAAAAGGCUUGUGCCAAUGGAGAUGAUAUUCCUUACUUAUAAACCCAUGAUCAACUCCUUAAUUAGUCGAUGUGGAACGCCUUCCCAACAAUCAUUAACAGAGAAUGCUGCUCACACAUCCCUCCAUUCUCUGAAUUCUGAAUUUCAAAUUUGAUGGCUUAUGUACAUGUGGAGAUCAAUGCACCAAUACCAUGACAUCCAGAACAACAUUGUGCAACAGGUUCAAGGCCUUGUUAACCAAACAACUCAUGGUGACUCGACUUCUGAAUUGCACCGCCAGGCGACUCGUGAUCUCGAGUCCAUGGUCACAGCUUGGCACUCGAGCUUCUGUCGUUUGAUUAAGUUCCAACGUGAAUUUAUCCAAUCCCUCCACGGCUGGCUUAAACUCUCCUUUCUUCCAGUCAACAAUGACAAGUUACCUGACAACAAAGAACCUUCUGAGAUAUUUUGUGAUCAGUGGAAGCUUGCUCUAGAUCGAGUCCCUGACACGGUUGCUUCCGUGGCAAUCAAAAGUUUCAUCACUGUUGUUCAGGGGAUAUCCGAAAAACAGACCGAAGAGAUGAAGAUUAAGAAACGGACCGAAUCAACGUCGAAGGAGUUCGAGAAAAAAUCAGCAUCAAUCAUGAACUUGGAGAAGAAGUUUUACAACUCUUACUCCAUGGUUGGCAUAGGACUUCCAGACACAGGGACUGACAAUGGGCAUAUAUUAGAUGCUCGGGAUCCUUUAGCGGAGAAAAAACUCGAGCUCGUCGCUUGCCAAAGACGGGUUGAAGAAGAGAAGAUAAAGCAUUCCAAAGCAGUAGAAAUGACAAGAGCAGUGACACUUAACAAUCUCCAAACUGGAUUGCCUGGGGUGUUCCAGGCCUUGACGAGCUUCUCGGCGUUGUUCAUGGAGGCGCUCGAGUCUGUUUGUACUCACUCUUACUCUAUCAAAUAGGCACACUACUUUCCCCCUUGUGGUCUUUCUUUUUUUUGUUGCAGAAAGAACGGAGUUGGAAGAAGGGUGGAGGGAUUGGAAGAAGGCUCUGAUAUCAUCAUUAUUGGUAAGUAAGUAAUAGAAUUUGGGUAAUUUUAUUAAUCUGUAAAUACCCAUUUCCUGUAGUUUGUUGGGGGUUAAACAAAAGGUUUGUAUGUAUAGGAAAUUGCUUUGAUUGUUGUAUCGGAUUCACAUUUUCAGCCAAAUUAAUAAAUAUAAAGCAUCUUGCUUUGCUUCCCA